GCCCCCAGCCCUCAACACGCUCCUAGGCCAAGUCAGGUCCAUCUUUCCGGCUCCUGGGCCGCACCUACUCUGCAUGGCCCCGCCCCUCGCCCCAGACCCCGCCCGUUUCUCACAGGGCGCCUCCUCUCUCCUGUAUAAGCAGGACCGGUUCUCCCUCUAGACCUUAGACCCCACCACCUGCUGUAGGGGUCCUCCUAGACCCUGCCCCUUCUUAAGCCCCGCCCGAGCCCUCCUAGGCCCCGCCCACAGCUUCUACCCCUCGCACCUCUUCUCCCCAAGGCCCCCUUCCAGCCACCGAAGCCUGGUCCUCGCAGGCUCCACCUCGGCACCCGGGCCUAGCUCCCUAUUCGCCGUCGCGCCCGAGUUUCACCUGGCACUUAGGUGAGUCGUGCGCGGUGGCGGUGUCGGUCUGAUUCGCCCGCCUCUUCUCUCGGCGCUUUCCGCAGGCCCGGCGGCACGGAGGGGCCCCAGACCAAAGGCGGUGGGCUCCCUAGCCCGGAUCCCGCCUCGCCACCGCAGCCUGCGUCCCCCGCCCAAGCCCGUGACGACAGCUCCGAGAUCGGCCCGGGUCGCGGCGACAUGCCGGAGCUGGUGGUGACGGCGCUGCUGGCGCCGUCGCGCCUCACUCUGAAGCUACUACGCGCCUUCAUGUGGAGCCUCGUGUUCUCGGCGGCGCUGGUGGCCGCCGCCGUCUAUGGCUGCAUAGCGCUCACGCACGUGCUGUGCCGGCCCCGGCGUGGCUGCUGCGGCCGCCCCCGGCGCACCCCACCCGCCUGCUUGAGCGACCCCACGCUGGGCGAGCAUUGCUUCCUGACCCUCAGGAGCUCGGGCCUGCGCCUGCACUUCGUCUCCGCUGGACGCGGCAACGGGCCCCUCAUGCUGUUUCUGCACGGUUUCCCUGAGAACUGGUUCUCCUGGCGUUACCAGCUCCAGGAGUUCCAGAGCCGCUGCCAUGUGGUGGCUGUGGAUCUGCGGGGAUACGGCUCUUCGGAUGCACCGAGGGAUGUGGACUGUUACACCAUCGACCUGCUGAUGGCAGACGUCCAAGAUGUCAUUCUGGGCCUGGGUUACUCCAAGUGCGUCCUCGUGGCCCAUGACUGGGGUGCGCUCCUAGCCUGGAAUUUCUCCAUCUACUACCCAUCCUUGGUCGAGCGGAUGGUAGUGGUCAGUGCUGCCCCCAUGUCGGUGUACCAAGACUACUCUAUGCACCACAUCGGCCAAUUCUUCCGUUCCAACUACAUGUUCCUGUUCCAGCUUCCCUGGCUGCCCGAGAAGUUGCUGUCCAUGUCUGACUUCCAGAUCCUGAAGACCACCCUCACCCACCACAAGAGGGGCAUCCCACACUUGACCCCCAAUGAGCUUGAGGCCUUCCUUUAUGACUUCUCACAGCCCGGUGGUCUCACUGGGCCCCUCAACUACUACCGAAACCUCUUCAGGAACUUCCCCCUGGAGCCCCAGGAGCUGGCCACACCCACACUGCUGCUGUGGGGGGAGAAGGACCCCUACUUUGAGCAGGGGCUGGUGGGGGCCAUCAGCAGCCACUUUGUGCCAGGCCGGCUGGAGGCCCACAUCUUUCCAGGCGCAGGGCACUGGAUCCCACAGAGCCACCCCAAGGAAAUGCACCAGUGCAUGUGGGCCUUCUUGCAAGACCUGCUGGACUAGUGGCCCUCGCUCACUGGCCUGCAUGCACCUGGGAGUCCGUAUGACAUACAUACACAGGUGGACUCCCGGACUGCACACAGUGCAUCUGUGGGUGCCCUCAGGCACACCAACCCAUAUGCUCACACACAGGCGUGAGUGUGUGCACGUGUGAGCAAGCACUUUGAGCCCAGGCAACCAGGUACGCAUCUCCUCUGUGGAGCCAGGUGCUCAGUAUCCAACCUCUCCCUCCCUGGGGCACCACUCUUCUGGUCAAAGUCGGCCACCAGAGCUGCAUAAACCAUAAACUUUGACCUUCCUGUCCCUGGCUUCCACCUCCAGCCUGGGUCUUCAGCUAAAUGCUGCUCUGUCCAAUAUGGUACUGGUAGCUCCAUCUGGCUACUUCAAUUUAAAUGCACAUUAAUUAAAAUUAAAUA